AUGUCUUCCACUAAGCAUGUCAGAGCAUCUCAGGCAGCCAAGCGUGAUAAGAAAAGGUUAUCAUCAUCUGCUGGUUUCUAUGCUGGCAUGGAUCCUCGUCAAGCUCGAGAUCUCGAGAAACACUUUAUCAAAGUCAACCUCGCUGCACUCAUGCGCGCACUGCGAGGCCUCCCGUUCGCGCCCAAGUAUCUCGGACCGGAGUAUAGAAUCAAUUAUAGCGUGCUCGCGUACGAUUUCGGGGUCCACCCACCGUCUGGGGAUAGGGCACUGAACGGCGAGUGCUGGCUGUUGGAUCGGCCGCAUGCGGAGCGGAUCGCGGAAGUGGUCGUGGGAUGCGGCGACGAUGAUGACGACGAUGGUCUUAGUCUACAGAUAAAGCGUCGCAUCAUGUGGGACAGCCAACAGGCCUUUGACCACUGGCUGACCUCGUCGUCAACGGGUCGAGAGCCAGAGAAUGCGUUCUUCCAUAUCUCGGGUCGGCCCAAGUCCGGCAAGUCCCAACUAAUCCACGAGAUCUUUAACCAGCCGUCCGGCGAGGUCCGUGAGCGGCUGCAGCUGGAGUGGUGCUCCCCGGCGGAGAAGAAACUGGUCUGGGGGUGCGUUUCCUUUUAUGAUUACAGCGAGGAGUUUGGCCCCGACGGACACAGGAGCAUGAUCCGCGGGAUUCUUUGGGCGUUGAUCCACGCCGAUGAGCAGUUGGCCCCGCUGCUGUUUCCGCACAGGUAUGGGCGUGAAGACGAGACGCCUGAAAUGAAGCCUAGACCCAGCCAGAAGUCGAAGGUAAUGAAUAAGCUCAGUCAUGCAGCCACUCCUAGACGCCGUUGGAAGAAGAAGCGGCCGCAGCAGGAAAAGGACGACGAGAAGAACGACGACGAUGAGGUGAAAGGGGAAGAGCUCGAGCAUAGGGCACCGACAGCAGUCCCUCCGCCCGAAUGGCCUAUGUUCAGUUUGGAAGAUAGUGAGUUGUUUGCGGCGUGGAAUCGCCUGGUUGCAUCCAACAAGAUAUACGCAACCCGCAAGAUCUUUCUCCUGCUCGACGGGAUAAAUCGAUUCGAUGAAGAGAAACACGGGCAGAUGUUGAACGCGCUGAAAGACUGGGUGCGGGCCAGGCCAGGGAAUAUCAAGAUCUGCAUCACCAGCCGCGGUGAGGCGGCGUUCCAGGAAGCCUUGGAGUCGCAGCAUGGAUUCACCCUGCAUGAUGCGAAUUUUCUGGAUCACCUCUGGUAUACUCGAAACCGGCUUACCACAUCGCAGUACUCUGGGCUUCCUUACACCACGGGUUUUACACCAGCCGAACAAGCUGGCAUAGAGCAUGACCUGGUGAUAUCGGCUGGCGGUGAUGAUCAAAAACUGUGCAAGAUGGUGCGCAUGUUGGAGUGGACAUUCCGCGAAACAUCCUUAAAAAGCUGGAUAUUUUGGCGACUGGAAUGCAUUACUGGGAGGCCUAGCAGGUUCCGGGAAUAG